AUGUCCUUCUCCACCUCCACGCGUCUGCGCCCCGCGCGCCUCUGCUUCCGCUGUAUGCGCACCUUUGUUCGUCCCUCCUCCACUGCCGCUUCGCCCUCGCCGAUCCUCUCGCGCCUGCGUGAAGACAUGAAGAACGCCAUGCGCGCCAAGGACUCGGCCCGCCUGGCCGUCAUCCGUAGCGUGCUGAACGACAUCACAAACGCUUCCAAGACCGCGAAGCCCGUUGCGGAUGAUAUGCUGCUGCGCGCCCUGCUGUUGAAGAGGAUCAACCAGUCCAAGGAUGCUGCUCAGCAGUUUCGCGACGCCAAGCGCGAGGACUUGGCGGAGAAGGAGGAUGGCAGCGCGAGCGUGAUGAAGAACUACGUCGGCGAGAUCGAGGAGGCGGCUGGGGGGGUCGUAGCCGCGGACGAGCUGCAGCGCGUCGUCAAGGAGACAAUCCAAAGCUGGCAAGAUGGAAAGCCCGUUAUGGGCAAGGUUAUGGACAAGAUUACGGGACCCGGCGGCGCGCUUGACGGCCGGAUGGUGGAAAAGGGUGACCUUGCCAAGGCUGUCAAGGAGGCGUUGGGUAACUAA